UGGCGGUGCUGUUAGACGUUGACGUUUCCGUCUCCGGCAGACAUAUUGCUUACAGGAGCAAAUUCUGGAAAGCUAGAAGAGAGAAAGGAUUUAAAAUUACUUCCCACCUUCACGACUUGAUACACUCAACACGACAAAAUGGAGCCGUCAGCCAGUCCGGCCAAAGACAACAACUACAGGAUGAACCGCUACAAGAACAAAGCACUGAACCCAGAGGAGAUGCGGCGCAGGAGAGAGGAGGAGGGCAUCCAACUCAGGAAACAGAAAAGAGAACAACAGCUUUUCAAGAGGAGGAAUGUGGACGUUCUCAACGAAGAGGAAGCCAUGUUUGAGAGUCCUCUGGUGGACUCAUACCUCAGCUCUCCAGCUACAGAAGGAGUCAUUACCAGAGACAUGGUUGAGAUGCUCUUCUCGGAGGACCCAGAGCUUCAGCUCGCCACAACACAAAAGUUCAGGAAACUCCUUUCCAAAGAGCCCAACCCUCCGAUUGAUGAAGUUAUAAACACAGCUCGAGUGGUGGAUAGAUUUGUGGAGUUCUUGAAGAAGAGCGUCAACUGCACACUACAGUUUGAGGCAGCUUGGGCACUGACCAACAUAGCAUCCGGCACAUCCAUGCAGACCAAGACUGUGAUUGCGGCCGGAGCAGUGCCAAUCUUCAUCGAACUACUCAACUCAGACUUCGAAGACGUCCAGGAACAGGCUGUCUGGGCCUUGGGUAAUAUUGCAGGGGACAGUGCGGUGUGCAGAGACUAUGUGCUGAACUGCGAAAUUCUUCCACCAUUAUUAAUGCUUCUGACCAAAUCCACUCGAUUGACCAUGACUAGGAACGCAGUGUGGGCUCUGUCUAAUCUGUGUAGAGGAAAAAACCCUCCACCUGCGUUUGAAAAGGUGUCCCCCUGUCUGCCCGUGCUGUCCAGGCUUUUAUUUAGCAGCGACCCAGACUUGCUGGCAGACGCCUGCUGGGCCCUGUCCUACCUCUCCGACGGCCCCAAUGAUAAGAUCCAAGCUGUCAUCGACUCGGGCGUCUGCAGGCGUCUGGUAGAGCUUCUCAUGCACACAGACUACAAGGUGGCCUCGCCUGCUUUGAGAGCUGUAGGAAACAUCGUGACUGGAGACGACAUCCAGACACAGGUGGUGUUAAACUGCUCCGCCCUGCCCUGUCUGCUGCACCUCCUCAGCAGUGCUAAAGAGUCCAUCCGCAAAGAGGCAUGCUGGACCAUCUCAAACACCACAGCAGGAAACAGAGCACAGAUACAGACGGUAAUUGAUGCCAACAUCUUCCCAGUGCUGAUCGACAUCCUACAGAAAGCAGAAUUCAGAACCAGGAAAGAGGCGGCCUGGGCCAUCACCAACGCAACCUCCGGAGGAACACCAGAACAGAUCAGAUACCUGGUGAACCUGGGCUGCAUUAAGCCGCUGUGUGACCUGCUGACGGUGAUGGACUCUAAGAUCGUUCAGGUUGCUCUGAACGGGUUGGAGAACAUCCUGAGGCUGGGCGAGCAGGAAGCCAAGCAGGAGAACAGCGGCACCGGAGUCAACCCGUACUGCAGCCUCAUCGAAGAAGCAUACGGUCUUGACAAAAUCGAGUUCCUCCAGAGCCACGACAACCAGGAGAUCUACCAGAAGGCCUUCGAUCUCAUCGAGCAUUACUUCGGGGUGGAGGACGAGGACAACAGCCUCGCCCCGCAGGUGGACGCAGCCAACCAGCAGUUCCUAUUCCCCGCUCAGGAGGCCCCCAUGGAGGGCUUCCAGCUAUAAGUCCCCACCUCUCUCCUCUAAAUCACACCUUUUACCCCCCCCCCAUACAUCCUUAUGUCAUGGAGGACCCUUAGAAGCCGGGGUCAAACCUCCAUCCCCUCUUCCCUGAUCCACCCCCUGCCGUUAACACACAAACACACACACACACACACCUCUCGGAGGAAAAGUGUCCCGCUCUCCAGACAACAACAACAAAAAUCUGUCUUUUCUUCAAAGCAGUGGACUGACUUCUUGCAGUGAUAUCUGGCCAAUGGGAGAGAGCCACACAGACUGCAUCACACUGAAGAAGGGACCCCCGUAGCACUGGUUUGUCGGUAAAACCUUUAUAUAAACUCAUUUAUUUUCCAAUGGGACAUUCCUAUUUUCAGGAUUACCCAUGCAGCCCCAUGCAAAGUCCACACAGAUGGGGGGUGGGGGGGGUGCAUGAGGUGAAAUGCCUAGCUCUUGAUGUCAGUCCGACCCUUUUCAAACAAAGGGAAAAAAGUUACAUGGUCCUUUUUUGCUUUAGUUACUUCUCCCCGCCGACACUCAUUUAUUUUCAACUUUUUUUAGUGAUUUCUUUAUUUAGGCUUAGUGCUGGUCUCUGAUCCCAAGGUAGAAGUGUGAUUUAUAUUAAUUUUCCCCUGCCUCUAACAUUUUUUCCCCCUUUUAUAUUUAACAUUUGAGUUAGUGGGACAAAUGUAAAGGAGGGGGGAGUGUAAACAUUUACCUGAACAUAGGAAGGGUUUUGGAUGAGCUGUUGGAAAAGGUGUUGGUUUCAGUUUUUUUUUUUAGAGGAUUCGUUUAAAGAUCUAGAAGAAGAAAAAAAAAUCCAGUUUUGGAGGGUGGUAUAGUUAGAGAUCCAAUGUUCGUUGUGUGCUGUGUUAUUAAUACCAAUAUGGAUUAUGAAGUGAUCUAACCAUUAAAUGAGGCACAGCUGGGGGUCAAGGGGGGGGGGCGGUGCCUUCACACAGCAGCAGAACCAUUCAUAUUUUUAUAUUUAGACAGAGGUUUAAGGGGUGAAAUACCAGACUCCGCUACAGUUUCAUCGAAGUAGACGAGAUGCGGCAAGUGGAGGCGCUGUGCCCCCCCUUUCCCCGUCCCCAGCUGGAUGUGAUGGGGUUCUUGCGUGGUGUUAUAUGACCCUGCGUACAGUCACUGAGUAUCCCUGGCCAAACACACACAGUUGACACAGAGAGACCGAAAACAGUGUGAAGAAAUACAAAAGAAAAAAAAAAAGCUGGGCCACGACUGGUGGUGUCAGUGCUAGUGUAGUGACGGUGGUGGUGUUCGUAUAGUGCUACAGUCGAUCUGUAACCUGUGGCAUUCUUUAUCACUAUCUUGGAGGGGUGGGAGUUCAAGCUGUUGGUGAUUUAGCAUGGGUCCGUUGUGAUGGUGAUGUAAAUACUUUCCUCUGCCUUUUUAAAGGAAAGUCUGUCCCCUCGGGGGUGUUAAAAACAAACCCGGGUUUGGCUAGGGAUACAUCUCAGACGAGUGACGCCCCUAAAUCACAAAUUCAAGUACGAGUCUAUAUUUGAAUUACAAUGUAUUUGCAUUAUAUAUGAAUAUAUAUUUGCACACACUUCAUGCACACUUGCAUACAACACCAGCAGACACUGUACACACACCUCUUACAGAUGAGUGGCUAGCAGCAGAAAAAAGUUCCCAUGGUCUUUGGAGUGAAAAAAAAAAGUUCUUUCAUUUUAUUAGGAAGUUUAAUUUUCUGAAGUUUGAAAAAAUUGCCGUUUUGGCUUUUUUUUGUUUUCAUUCUGAGCACUUUUUUUCCUUAUUUAAAAAAAAAAUAGUUGCUCUUGUUCAGUUUUGACUUUCCGUUUUAGAGAUUCUCCCAGAAUUUGAAAGGUGAUUCGAUGCUCACAGGUCUCAUGGAAACCUUUUUGUUGUUUCUAGCCACGUGACUUAUGAUGGAUUAAACUAGCUGACUGUAAACCCUGACCCUGGAUCAGCUCUGCGUGGGACAGAAGCUGAUCCCGGCUCGGGGUUUUUUGGGCUUUAUGGAUGGAGCAGAACUGUGGUUGUGUGAUGACUGACGGGCACUGUGAGGAACAGGUUGAUUGACUCUAUGACUGCGUCCCUGUCUGAGUCUGGGAGCGCCAUCUGCUCUGUGGAAUACUCGACCGGCUCUAGCAUGAAAUCAUGCAACCAUAAACAGAAUUAUCGACACAAAAUAUUACAGAUUUAUCUAUUGGGAUACACUUUCCUCAAAAAUCUUUAUUUGCAACCAAAUUUCUUUUAUGAUUGCAAUUAUUUGGGAUAAAAAGCGACUUUUCCUAUUUGGUGUCACUAUUUAAUUUUUACACACAGUGCAGAAUAUCAUACUGCUACAUGCAGCUUUGAUCUGCUAGGGUCAGUGAGAUGUAAUCCACAGAUCACGCGUGCUCCCAGCAGACAUAAGAGUUGAAAUCAUGAAUAAUUGAGCAUCAAGAACUAUUCUCUACAUGACAGAUGUGUAGAGCAGUAUUUAUAACUGAAGUCUUGGAUUUCAUGGCCAAUUCUGUGCUUGGCCUACAAAAAAUGCCAGAAUUGCAAUGUUAAAAAAAAUCGAUAUCAAUAUAUAGAUAUAUAUAUAUCUAUAUAUCUAUAUACACACACAGUAAAAAAAAAAAAAUCCGUGCAUCGACCAGGAAAAAUAUUUAUAUUUCUGAAGAAGAAAAUGCACUCCUAUUCACAAAAGUGCCAAUCCGACCAAGAAAGACUGGAGGUUCUUAUGUAUCUGUCUUUGACUUAGAGAUUUGUUCUUCUUUAUAUCUUUUAUUUACUUGAAUGUGCACACGUUUUGUGCAGAACAUUGCUGCUCUAUUAUCCUUAUCUUUAAAGUUACGUUAUUAGCCGUGCUUUCUUUGGGAAAAGUGGCAUGCAUUACUGUGGGCGCCUACAAACAAAAGAAUUGAAUUAAGGCAGUUUAAUUAUCUGGAAAAAGGGGAGGGGGUUACUUGAGUAAUUGCAUAAAAACAGGCCUUUCCAGCUGCUUGUCUAUUGGUGUGAUGACCCCCCCACUAUUACAGUCUUGAGCUGGUUUUCACUGUGCAAAGCUAAGCUGCAGCUAUGUGGAGUCUUAAGAAUUGAUUUGAUGCGGUGAAAAGUAUAAAAUGAUAAGAGAACUUGCAGUCAGAGCCUGUAGCCAGCCCCUCUGUGUGUGAGAGAAACUCUGCGCUGAUGGACAUGUACUUAGACGUGGCACAUGGUGCAAGUUGUGGAAACUCAAGCGACUAUCAUAGCAGACAAAUGCACGUACUGACGUUUUCUGUCAUAGCUUACCAAAGUUGUGUCAUCCUGAAUGCGGGUUGAAUUGAUUUACUUGACGUCUUGUUUUCAAAACUCAAUUUGUGUAAUUGACUUGUGAAAAAGAAAUAGCUUCAUGCAAUUUAAAGCUCACUUCUUUUCAUUAGAAGCUCAGCCCUUUCUUCUCAGUUUUAUUUCAAGUUCAAGAAAUGUUUGGGGAGUUAGAGAAAUCUGCAAAAUAAUCCUGAAGACUGCAAUAAAUAUUGUCCAAAAUCAGGCCCCCCCAGAGGCAACGAUCCACCUGAGGUGACCCUCCUUCAGCCGGGUGGAGCUAACAGAGGCAACUACUUGACUUCUGGGAUUCAGAAAUAGUGAUUUACAUUAAAAAGUAUUAUAAGUUAAACUAUAUGUAUGUUCUGAUACAUUGACAGGGAUUCAGAUGCAAUUCUAAUCACUUCUGAGAAGUGGAGAAAAAAGCCUCACUAGAACAUGUCACAGGAAGUCAAAUAUAAAAUGGGAGGAGAGGAUUCAAGCCUUUCUGCUUUUCUUGAUCUUUUUCCUGAUCAGGAUUCUCUGGGCUAUAUUUUUGGAUAAUUGUGUUUAAAGGUUUGUCCUAGUCAGGCUGCCUGAUCAGGACCCUUGAUAUCUAAAGGGGAAUGAACAGACAUCACUAAAUAUCUCAAACCUGACUUGUCUUCCGUCCUAGAAGCUGUUCAUGUCUUUAUCAAAAUCUAAAGCCACGCUCGGCUUGGGAAAGUAACGUUGUCUGUGCUUCAAAUGUUUACAAUGUUACAUGUUUGUAAAAAUACUUUUCAUAUGCCAUCACUGACCAGUCCGGUUCUCUGCUCUGGUCUUCUCAUUUCUUUUACAUGUAUUUAUUUUCUCUAUUCUUGUUUAUGAUUUUUCAUUUUGCUCAAAAUUACCCAUCUUUAAAAAAACAUCAACUGUGACUUGACUUGACUUUACCGACGGUAUGAAUGAGUGACGAGAAACUUAUACACUUCAACUGAACAUGACACACAAACAUGAACAUACAGGAAACAGCAACAAUAUUAAAAAUGUAAAGGAAAGUAUAUUGAGUUUAAAGUUGUUCAGUGGAAAUACUGUGCGAAACGAAUAAAGUAAUGUUGCAACCC